GGAUAAGGUUACCGGCAGCUCGUCAAGCAGCUCCCCCAUGUUGGGAGUGGUGGAAGGCACGAAGUUUCACCGUGUGCAAGAACACGCAAGUCACUGCCUUGUGCCGUCCAAGGAAGACAUCGAUAGGAAACUAAUGAUGAACGGGAAGGCGGCGCAUAUUGACGCGCCUGCAGAAGCUGUUCAGAGCCAGAGCGAAGACCCUGCCCUUGCUGCUGGGCCAAAGGAUGCAGCAGCAGCCCGACAAACAGCAACAGCUUCCACCAGUCAGCCACAGAAUGGAGAAUCAGCAGCAGAUCCCGAGCCACCUAAUGGGGUUCCAGUAUUCGUGAUGCUUCCUUUGGACACGGUGACUUCUGAUGGCGCCUUCCGCUAUACAGCAUCAAAGUGGUUCACCUCUGCUCUGGCGGGCCUCAAAGCGUCCGGCGUCCAUGGAAUGGCCAUCGAUGUUUGGUGGGGGGCGGUAGAGAGGCAACCCGGACGGUAUGACUGGAGCGGCUACAGGCAGGUCAUCGAGCUCAUCAAGAGCCUGGGCCUCAAGGUGCAAGCGGUCAUGAGCUUCCAUGCAUGCGGCGGCAAUGUGGGGGACUCCGCCCAAGUGCCCCUACCUAAAUGGGUGCUGAAGGCUGGAGAUCAGGACCCGGACAUCUUCUUCACAGACCGGCCGCGCGAGGCAAAGCUCGGCAGCCGCAACAAGGAGUAUGUGUCCAUAUUUGCUGACGAGGCCCCGCGCGUUCUCUGCGGCCGCUCGCCAGUCGAGUGCUAUGGCGACUUCAUGCAUGCCUUCAGGGAGGCCUUCUUUGACGAUGUGGGGAGCACCAUUGAGGAGAUCGUGGUGGGCACCGGUGCAUGUGGCGAGCUGCGCUACCCUUCCUAUGUUGAGGCCAAUGGAUGGCGGUUCCCAGGGAUCGGGGAGUUCCAGUGCUACGACAGGAGAGCGCUGGCCUCGCUGGCUUCGGCUGCGCAUGAAGCGGGUCACCCAGAGUGGGGCUACACAGGGCCGCAUGAUGCCGGCACGUACACCUCUACGCCAGAGGAGACUGGGUUUUUCCGGGGCAUGGGCGGCAGCUGGGACACGCCUUACGGCGCCUUCUUCCUGGCCUGGUACUCGGGGGCACUGCUGGCGCACGGCGAGCGCCUCGUCAAGGUGGCAACCUCCGUGGCGCCCGAGCGGCCGGCAGGGCUACCGGUGGAGGUGAGCCUGAAGAUCGCGGGCAUCCACUGGUGGUACCGCACGCGCAGCCACGCCGCGGAGCUGACGGCCGGCUACUACAACACAGCCAACCGCGACGGCUACAACGCGCUCGUGGAAAUCUGCGCGGAGCACGGCGCCGCACUCACGCUGACCUGCGUCGAGAUGUGCGACGCGCAGCACCCGCCCGUGGCCCUCUGCGGGCCCGAGGGCCUUUUGCGCCAGGUGAGGGAGGCGGCGGCUGCGGCGGGAGUGUCGCUGGGCGGCGAGAAUGCGCUGCCCUGCUUCUCCCCCGGCCACGUGGACGCUCUGCCGAUGAUGCGCUCGUUCACGUUCCUGCGGCUGACGCCCGAGAUGCUCAAGCCGUCCUACCAGGCCACCUGGACGCGCUUCAUGCACCGCAUGCGCAACAACCGCGCCCGCGGACCCUCCCCAACCGCCCGCACAUCCACCGGCCUUCAGCCCAUCACCCGCAAGUGCGCACCUGGAACCGAGAUAUUUAUGUGCAUGUCACUCAUGGCUGUGCUUCAUUCAUGA